ACUUCCGGUUUCGUCAGCGGAAGCCGUGACUGGAUCUGGCUGAGUUGCCGUGCGGCCGGCUUGGUCACUAUGGAGGAGAUCGGCAUUUUGGUGGAGAAGGCUCAGGAUGAGAUUCCAGCACUGUCAGUAUCCCGGCCGCAGACUGGCCUGUCCUUCCUUGGCCCCGAGCCUGAAGACCUGGAGGACUUGUACAGCCGCUACAAGAAGCUGCAGCAAGAGCUGGAGUUCUUAGAGGUGCAGGAGGAAUACAUCAAGGAUGAGCAGAAGAACCUGAAGAAGGAAUUCCUCCAUGCCCAGGAGGAAGUGAAACGGAUCCAGAGUAUCCCCCUGGUCAUUGGACAGUUUCUGGAGGCUGUGGAUCAGAAUACAGCCAUUGUGGGCUCCACCACAGGCUCCAACUACUACGUGCGCAUCCUGAGCACCAUCGACCGAGAGCUGCUCAAGCCCAACGCCUCGGUGGCCCUCCACAAGCACAGUAAUGCCCUGGUGGACGUGCUGCCGCCCGAGGCCGACAGCAGCAUCAUGAUGCUCACCUCAGACCAGAAGCCAGACGUGAUGUACGCUGACAUCGGGGGCAUGGACAUCCAGAAACAGGAGGUGCGGGAAGCCGUAGAGCUCCCUCUCACCCACUUUGAGCUGUACAAGCAGAUCGGCAUCGACCCUCCUCGCGGCGUCCUCAUGUACGGCCCACCCGGCUGCGGGAAGACCAUGCUGGCAAAGGCUGUGGCGCAUCACACGACAGCUGCGUUUAUCCGCGUUGUUGGCUCCGAGUUUGUGCAGAAGUACCUGGGAGAGGGCCCCCGCAUGGUCCGAGAUGUGUUCCGCCUGGCCAAGGAGAACGCGCCUGCCAUCAUCUUCAUAGACGAGAUCGAUGCCAUCGCCACCAAGAGAUUCGACGCCCAGACGGGCGCUGACAGGGAGGUGCAGAGAAUCCUGCUAGAACUGCUAAAUCAAAUGGAUGGAUUCGACCAGAACGUCAACGUCAAGGUGAUCAUGGCAACGAACAGAGCAGACACCCUGGAUCCCGCCUUGCUGCGGCCGGGACGCCUGGACCGGAAAAUUGAAUUUCCUCUCCCUGAUCGCCGCCAGAAGCGACUGAUUUUCUCCACCAUCACCAGCAAGAUGAAUCUGUCGGAGGAGGUUGACCUGGAAGAUUAUGUGGCCCGGCCAGAUAAGAUCUCUGGAGCCGAUAUCAACUCCAUCUGUCAGGAGAGUGGAAUGUUGGCCGUGCGAGAGAACCGCUACAUCGUUCUGGCCAAGGACUUUGAGAAAGCCUACAAGACCGUCAUCAAGAAGGACGAACAGGAGCAUGAGUUUUACAAGUGACCCCUCCCCGUGUUCCCCCUGAUCUCCCCAGGGACCUGUGUUUUCUCUGUUCAAGGUGUAGUCAGUAAAUAAACUCGAUCGAAUCCCGUUUCA